AUGACAACACGUGUAGACACUGCGGUGCACAGUCCAUUGGAACCGGGGGGAUGGUCGAUGCCUCUGUGGCCAGGCCUGUGUGAGCUUCCUGAGGGCCCUGUGACCAGGCCAGGCCCUCAUCCGUGUGGCCCGGAGCCAUGGCUUCUCCCAGGCUGCAGUAGUGUGUAUGACAGCUUAGUCAGUUUAAGCCUUCCUCUUCCCCCUCCAUCUUCUGCAGUAACUCUGGGGCAGCAACGUGCUGGAGCACAGAAGCCACGCAGGUCUUCAAUCCUGGAAAGAUGUAUCCUGAGGAUGUCCACUGCCAGUGUUGCCGUGGGGACAGAGGACAUGGAUGGACUCAGGAGGACGCACCCAGAGGUGAGCAGCUGCACCCGGCCUUUGGACCCAUCCCGCUGUGAAACCAACGAGGCGGUACUGAAGAGGCGGCAGAAGCAGAUCCAGUAUGGAAAAAACACAUGUGGCUACCAGAAUUACCUCCAGCAGGUGCCAAAGCAUUUACGUCUCCCUGGACUGCACCCCCGCACCCCCAACAAAUACCGUAAAUACAGCCGUCGCUCCUGGGACAUGCAGGUUCGACUAUGGAGGAGGGCUCUGCAUGCCUGGGACCCGCCUUUUGACCCCCUCCGCGAUGCGCCUGGGGCACCACAAGGGAAUGCGGAUGGGUUGGACCCAGUUGACCAUCUGAAUGUGCCCCUGGACCUCAAGCUCCACUCUCUCAGCCUGGCCUGGCAUACUCCUUCAGCACCCAGCUGA